UUCUUUCGUUGCUGCAUCAAUAAAUGUUGGAUCUCCGUGAAUUCGUUUCCGGUGUUGCAGAAAUGUCUUACUAUUUCCCUCCGGAAGUCCUGGAGGAAAUUCUUCACAGAUUGCCUCUCAAGUCUCUUGUGAACUGCAUCUCUGUCUGCAAAUCCUGGAAGUCUCUGAUCUCAGAUCACUCCUUCAUAUGUGAACACUUCAACCGUACGAUUCAAUCCAACCCAGAUAUUGCCUCCAUCUUCCUCUUCAUCUCUCUAAAGAAACGAGUAGAGGGAUACAAGUACAACGAAUCCGAAGAUUUUUACGCUGUUUGUUCUGGUAAUCAGAUAAGGGAUGAACCCUUUGUUUUGAAAUCCUCUCUCAUUCCUCUGUUUACGAGUGAGCACAAGGAGGUGGUUGGAACUUGCAAUGGACUGUGUAAGCUUCAGAUCCUGCGACCCUGACCAUGAAAGGAACAGGGUUUUCUUUGGAUUUGGUUUUGAUUCAGAGGCUAAGGAUUUGAAGGUGGUAAGACUUGUUGCGAGAAUCAACAAUGUGGAAGAAGCUCCUCAGGUUGAGGUUUACUCUCUUGCAACUGGGUCAUGGAGGAACAUCACUGGUAAAGCUCCCCCAAUUCUGCUGUGCAUGCAAGUAUUGUGGAAGAAUCAGAUGUUUAUAAAUGGUGUAAUUCAUUGGAUUGUCAGCCAGAGAAGAAAUGGUAGGAUUCACAAUUUCAUUUUAACAUUUGACCUGGUUGAAGAAAAAUUUGGAGAAUUGACGUUACCACAACCUCUGAGAGAGUCUCCUUUCCAAUUGUCAAUUUUAGCAGCAGAGGAUUCACUUGCUGUGGUUCAUACUUAUUGUUCAGAGUUGGAUGAAGAAUUUAUUAGUAUUUGGGAGAUGAAAGAAUAUGGUUCUGCGGAUUCAUGGGCUGAAGUGUUUCAUUCCAAUUCAAGACGUUAUGGGGGCAUAUCAAAUGUUUUAGCCAUUAGAAAUAGUGGAGAAUUGGUGCUGAGAAUUUAUGGAGGAAUGAUGAUUCUGCUAGAUCCUGCAAAAGCAUCAGCGAAGGAUCUGGGACCAAGGGAUUUUGUCUACGCUUUUGCUGGACAUCAUGUGGAGAGUCUGUUUUUAAUCAACGAAGAACAGGGUGCUUUGUCUUAUUGAUCAUAGUGCAGAAAGAAACAGAAGACGCAAGAUUUUUAGGUUUGAAUAUGAAUGGUUGAAGAAGACAUUUCCUCCUCACUGAAGUAUCUUAAAAUUCGUUGUUCUGCACAUUGCUACAUUGUUCGCUAACAGAUGUGGUAUUGUUAUCUGUUUGUAUUUGUAAUAAGUUACAGAAUACCAAAUUGCUUUUGCGAAUUCAAUUCCCACCAGGAACUGUUUGAUUGGCACAGUUAUUUAAUGUAAAUUUUCAGUUGAAGCCUUUACUUUUCCAUGUAUUUGUGUUGCGCAUGUAAUUUUGUCGUGUUUAUGUUAAAGUAUUCUGUGAUAAUGAGUCCUGAGAUUGUCAGAAAGUUAUAUGUCAACAUGAACAAAGUGCCCCAUGCUAAAUAUAUUAUUUU